GGCAAAAAAAAUGAGACGGCGUUCAAAGACUAAUCGGCGUCGGCGUGUUGUGGAGAAGAAAAGGAGAAACAAUUUUUUUUCAAAGAUCUCAGUGAUGAACUGCUGAUCGAAAUACUUAUCAGAUUACCAAGCAGCAAAGAAGCAACUCUAUGCAAAUCCGUUUGCAAACGCUGAUGGUACGGACUUAUAUGUAUCUGAGUUUAGCCCGGAAAAUGUUUUUUCAAGACGGGUCAAUUCAGGGUUUCUCUAUUCGGAUCUCCCCCCUAUGAACUAUAUUAGUUUGAUAGAAUCAUGUGGUGACUUAAUUUUAUGUUCCGGAGGGACAUCUGAUCGUAUUGAUUAUUAUAUUGUUAAUGUUCUGGCCAAGCAGUGGUUUCUGCUUCCUCGGACUCCUCUAGAAAACAACACACAUUUUAUGAGUACUAGUGAAAGAGUUGGUUUCUUGAUUGAGCCUAGUUCUGUGGAUAAUGCUCCAUGCCAGUAUCUGGUGUUAAGGUUUAUUUCUUGGGGUGAUUCCAAGUUUAGUAUCCACGUGUUUUCGUCUAAGAAAGGUAACUGGACCAGAAUGGUUGUUACAUCUCCAAGGAAUUUGAAUAUGUUAACACGUAGGACUUCGAUUGUUGCCUGUGGAAGGAUGUUUUAUACAUUCACUUAUGAGAGAAAUGAUGUGGUUGACUGUGCUCUUGCAUUUGAUCCAUUCACUAAUGAUCCUGCUCAGUUUCUAUCUGUUAUUGAUUUCCCACCUGAGGCUCGUGAUAAACCUUGUUUGACUUGUAAAUUGGGGGUGUGUGGAGGUCGUCUACGGUUUGCUCAAAUAGUUCUCCUACCAAGUAGAUACCUUUACCCUUGUAUAAGUAUAUGGGAACUUGAGGAUGAUUACAGAACAGGGAAAUGGACAUUGGUGCACCAGAGAGUCCCUACUGACACAGUGUUUAGAGUCUCUACACUUGCCAUGCACAAAAUGGGUUUCUGUACUAACUUUUCACCCAUAUAAUGAGGAUCUUAUAUGUUUUCUUGUAGGCAAUGAUCAUAUCGUGUACAAUAUACAAACAGAUAAAGUGGAAAGCUCUACCCUCACUUCUCUAUUCAAGAAAUCACUAGAUGUUCAUGUGGU